GGAUAAAAAUAAUGAAAAAUGUGAAAUGGAGACCAAACAAACUAUUGAAAAUUAUAUCAAACUUAAACGUAAAUCAGCAUCUACAAAACUUGAAAAAAUGCUUGAAGCCAUUUUUAUCCGAAAAGGCAUUUCAGCUGAUUCUCUUGAUAUAAUGAACACUUGCCUAGAAAAGAUCUUAAAGAACUUACAGGAUAAAUUUUCUGAAGAACAACGUAAACAAAAGGUUAAUGAAAUAUGGAAUAAAUUGCGUAAUAAUUUAUUAUCAAAAAACCAAGACAAACCGGUGGAAAUACAAAUAGAUGAAGAAGUAGAUGAUGAAUAUAGUAAGAUAUUGCGAGCAGAUCUUUACAAUAAAUAUAAAAAUGGAAUUAAACCAGAUUUAUCUCAAUGCAAAGCAUAUAAUAAAAUCGAAAUUAUGCGAUUUUCUUCAAAUUUGGAAAGAAGAGACAUUGAUCUCCUUUAUAAUAAAAUAAACAACUUGAUAAAUUUCAUAUUAACAGAAAAAGAACACUUUUAUAAUGGAAUUGUGCGUGAGCUUAAAGGAAAAUUAGAUAAAAUGUUGAAUGAUUAUUCAGCCAAUCUUAAUAUAAAAUUUUUGUUCGAGUUUAAAUGGAAUGUUCACGUAUAUACUUUGCUAACAUUUAAAUCAAAAAUGAUAAGUUUUCAAGCAAACUGGGAUAAGGAACAUACACCGCUCGGAAUGCUUGAUCAAAAAAAAGAUGAAUAUUUGAACGUGAUCAAUAAUCGUCUUCGAUAUAGUCAUGAAUGUCUUUCUGAAGGCCAUACCAAUGGGGUGCUUCGUAAUGCUUGGAUAAGCAACGCUGAAACAAUCAGACUUAGGUAUUUUAAUAAACUUGCCGAACAAGUUCACGAAGGUUACAAACAAGAAGCUAUAAGAUACUUUAUAAAUCCACAACGAAGUAUAGAAGAGUGGUUUAAAGAUUCGGUUAAUAAAGAUUCAAGUGGAAAUCCAGAACAAAAAUAUAAUGAUACUUUUAAUGCAGAAUUUGGUAGAGUUCAUCAAGAAAUUCGCAAUUGCCAAAGUUUUGAAGAAAUAAAAGUUUUUGUAAAUGAUUAUAUGACACAAGUUGAUAAAAUUGACUACAAGUUGGAUCUUAAGGACAGUUCAAGUGCUGAUUUUAACAUAUUCCGUAAUGCUAUUGAGGAAGAGUUUGAAACUAAAGGAAAUGGUCGUUAUCCAAAACAAGAAUCAUUUCAAAAACCGUCUGAUGAUGAAUCGGUUAUGGAAAAACUUGGAUGUACAGAACCAUGCCUUUGUGGAGUAAAUUACUUAUCUACAAGAGAAUUGGUUGUAGAAUCGUGUCAUGCAACGUUAGAUGAUUGUAAUGUGCGGUAUAAUUCUAUAUUAAAAAAAUGGGGUGAAAUAAAAUCUAAAGAUUUCCCAAAUUGGAAAUUUGAACCCCAUUACAACACCAUUUUUAAUGAUCUUAUGAGCUGGUUUUUUAAGGAAUUACACGAGGAUUUAGCAAAAUAUCAUGAUCUUGUACCGGCACGUCAAAAAGAGAUGGAAAAGUCAGGUUGUCUAAACUUGAAUUAUGUUGACAUUGCCAGUGUCUUGAGAGAAAAGA